AUGCACUUUAUCAAGCGUCUGAAGGGCAAGGAGCGCGCCGCAGAUGCCCCGCCACCGGCUUGGGCCCCAGCGCCAGAAAUCUCGCAUGCAGAUGGCUUGUAUAAUGACGCUCCAGACGAAGAGUACCAGAGCGCUGAAGCUUUCUGCGCUGACCAUCUUCCCGACGCUCCGCGCCUUAUCCCAGUUGCCGCGCUGGAGGCAAUGCAGACGCUCGGUUGUCGUGCAUGGGGUAUAGAGCCACCGAGGACGCCACGAUUUGUUGGUCGAAUAACACGACCGGACGAGAACAAAGGUGGUGUCCCCGUCAUCCGCAUCCAGACGCAGAAGCCUUGUCGUAGCACCUGCCUGCUCAGUGAUCUGCCUAUUGUGGCGGGCAUGUACAACGCCCCUGGAAAGGAGGGCGCCUAUUUCGAGAUCAAGGUCUACCAAAUGGAUGGAAUUGUGACGAUUGGAACCGCCUGCCGCCCCUAUCCUGAAUGGCGACACCCUGGGUGGAACCGCCUCUCCGCCGCUCUCCACCUCGACGACUUCCGCAAAUUCUUCGAAGACCCCGACGGCGGGCGCGACUACGACACUGGCGGCAUCCUCACGCGCCUCCGUCCGGGCGAUGUCAUUGGCUGUGGCUACGAGCUCGCAGGCGGGCGCCUGUUCUUCACGUACAACGGCAUACCCCUCCCGCCCGCGUUCUCUGGCAUCUUCAUGCCGAAGCACAACUACGACGUGUUCGCGGCGGUCGGGGUGGAGGGCGCGUGCGAUGUGGAGGUCAAUUUUGGGGGCGAUAUAUUCAUGUGGAAGCCCGGAAACGAGUGGGCGUGGCGUGUAGAGGGUUGUGCGGGGAACAUUGCUGGUCCUUCAGGCGAGCACGACGAUGUGCUGCCGUCUUACGAGGAGUCUAGAUAAUGUUUCUCACGUCCUGGUGCUAUACCUGCUCUAUCGCACGCUAAUCGCCUUUGUAUCGAUAUCUGUUCCGUAUUUAUUCCCCUUAUUCAUGCUCUUUUUGUCUUCGGCUGACUGCCGCUAUCAACGCGCGCUCGUCCAUCCC